GCUUGUGUGUGUGUGUGUGAGUGUGUGGAGCUGUCAGCUUUUUCUACACAAAUCCCUGAGUCAUGCUUUGACUGGAGAGUUAAGGGUCGGUCGAUAGUGAACGCAGACUGAUCAAACGGAUGCUUGCAGUGAAGAUGCAUUUGUGUGUGUUGGCGUGCAGAGGGCUGGAAUGGAGCAGCGGCAGGAUUUUGUCUGCAGUGAAUUCUUCCCGAGCCAAAAGCUCCUGAGUUUUUGAUUCCCCAGGCUAACCCUCCCCCCCCAGCACCUUGGAGCAGCUGUCACAGUCUGGGGAAGGGGUCUGAGACCUACCAUCUGACCAUGUGCCAAUGCCAAGUGACCCCGGAUUGCCCUGGUACUGGGGUAACGAUCCGGUGCUGUUCUAUGGACAUUGUCUGGCCACUGACCCAUUGAGAAACAGAUGCUCCUGCCCUCGGAGCCUGUACCUUUUCUCUUCCACAUUCAAGAUCACUGAAUAUUUUUGUUUCUCUUUCCCUCUGCUGGUUCUCCUUCUACCCACGCCCCACCCAAACCCCCCGCUCCCCCCCCCCCCCCCCGACCCCGGCUUUUUUUUUUGGAGGGGCUGGGGAGCUUGAAAAGUUGCAGCUUGUUCCCCUGAUGGCGACUGGAUCCGUCCUGUAGCACAGCAGAUGUGACCUCUCGUAUCGUCGGAUUAAGGGAGAGGGAGAGAGAGAGAAAGACAUUCGGGCGUCUGAGAUGACAACAGAGGCACCAGCCUAGGGUGGCCAUGGAUGAUUCUGAUAUUGUUAGACGGAGGAGAGUUCAGAAAGAUCUGCCUUUGACAAGAAAAGGGAGCAGUUGUCGAACCAGCAACAGGAAAAGCUUGAUUCUGACCAGCACGUCGCCAACUCUCCCACGACCUCAUUCACCACUCCCGGGCCAUCUAGGCAGCAGUCCCUUGGACAGUCCACGGAACUUCUCUCCUAACGCACCCGCACACUUCUCAUUUGUGACCUCUCGAAGCCACGGUCAUCGCACUGACAGGGCAGAUGGACGUCGAUGGUCCCUCGCCUCAUUGCCAUCCUCGGGAUAUGGGACCAACACUCCCAGCUCCACCGUGUCUUCAUCAUGCUCGUCACAGGAGAAGCUUCAUCAGUUGCCCUUCCAACCCACAGUGGAUGAACUGCACUUCCUGUCCAAACACUUUGGCAGUACCGAGAGCAUCACUGAUGAUGAUGGCGGGCGACGCUCUCCAGCAGUGCGGCCACGGUCUCGGAGUCUCAGCCCUGGCCGCUCUCCUUCCUGCUAUGACAAUGAAAUAGUGAUGAUGAACCAUGUCUACAAAGAAAGGUUCCCAAAGGCCACCGCCCAAAUGGAGGAAAGGCUACAGGAGUUCUUCACAGUCAACGCUCCAGAGAACGUGCUCCCCCUGGCUGAUGGGGUCCUCAGCUUCAUCCACCACCAGGUCAUUGAAAUGUCCAGGGACUGCCUGGACAAGUCGCACGAGGGGCUCAUCACUUCACGCUACUUCUAUGAGCUGCAGGAGAAUCUGGAGAAGCUAUUGCAGGAUGCACAUGAACGAUCUGAGAGUUCAGAGGUUGCUUUUGUGACACAGUUGGUGAAGAAGCUCCUGAUCAUCAUUGCACGGCCAGCACGGUUACUCGAGUGUCUGGAAUUUAACCCUGAGGAAUUUUACCAUCUGUUGGAGGCUGCUGAGGACCAUGCAAAGGAGGGCCAUGGCAUUAAAAUUGACAUUCCCCGUUACAUCAUCAGCCAGCUGGGACUCACCCGGGACCCCCUGGAAGAAAUGGCCCAUCUGGAUACCUAUGACAGUCCAAAUCUCAACACCCAAGAACUGGUCGACUUGAUCGAUGGUCGUGGGCCUUCUGGCAAACCUCCAAAGGCACCAUCUGAAGAAGACUUUGACACCAUUAAACUAAUAAGCAAUGGGGCAUAUGGUGCUGUUUACUUGGUGAGGCACAGGGAGACAAGGCAGCGAUUUGCCAUGAAGAAGAUAAACAAACAGAACCUAAUACUUCGAAACCAGAUCCAGCAGGCAUUUGUGGAGCGUGAUAUCCUCACCUUUGCAGAGAAUCCUUUCGUAGUCAGUAUGUUCUGCUCUUUUGAAACCAGACGGCAUCUCUGCAUGGUCAUGGAAUAUGUGGAAGGAGGUGACUGUGCAACAUUGCUGAAAAAUAUUGGCGCAUUGCCUGUGGACCUGGCUCAGAUGUAUUUUGCUGAAACUGUUUUGGCUUUGGAAUAUUUACAUAAUUAUGGUAUUGUCCAUCGGGAUCUAAAACCUGACAAUCUCUUGAUAACGUCAAUGGGGCACAUUAAGUUAACAGACUUCGGCCUCUCAAAGAUUGGUCUUAUGAGUCUCACCACCAACCUCUAUGAGGGUCACAUCGAGAAGGAUGCCCGGGAAUUCCUGGACAAGCAGGUGUGUGGUACUCCAGAGUACAUUGCCCCAGAGGUCAUCGUGCGACAGGGGUAUGGAAAGCCGGUCGACUGGUGGGCAAUGGGCAUCAUACUGUACGAAUUCCUGGUGGGAUGUGUUCCUUUUUUUGGUGACACACCUGAGGAGUUGUUUGGCCAAGUCAUCAGCGAUGAUAUAAUGUGGCCUGAUGGCGAUGAGGCACUCCCAGCAGAUGCCCAACACCUUAUUUCCUGUCUUCUACAGCCAAACCCAUUGGAGAGACUGGGGACAGGAGGAACCUAUGAAGUCAAGCAACACGGUUUCUUCAAAGACCUGGACUGGAAUAGUCUGCUGCGUCAAAAGGCAGAAUUCAUUCCCCACCUGGAGUCAGAAGAAGACACAAGUUACUUUGACACUCGGUCUGAUCGAUAUCACCAUGUCAAUUCCUAUGAUGAGGAUGACACCAAUGAAGACGAGCCAGUGGAAAUUCGACAGUUUUCCUCCUGCUCACCUCGCUUUAUUAAGGUUUACAGCAGCAUGGAACGCCUCACGCAGCAUGAGGAGCAGAAAGCCCCAGUGGUCACCCGACGCAACCUGAACAAACACAAGGAGGAAAAGAGUGAGAAGAUGGAGGGGUUGAGCUCCAUCAGCACCCGGGACAAGAGCUGGAGGACAAGCUCUCCGGAAAUGAAGCGCCUCUCUGCGUCGGAGUCUUCUUAUGGCGAGAGUGACUCCAGUCCGCCUCUCACCGUACGCCGCAGGUUCUCCGCACUCAUGGACACUCACAAGUUUGCCACACCCCUCGAGGACGACACGGAGGUAACCCACAAACACCAGGGAGUACAGACGGUGACGCCAGUCCAGGAGCAGUCAAGCCAGUCUGAACCACGGCAGAAAGAUGUGGAGGGGCAGAUUGCCAAUGCUGCAGGAAAUGCCAGCAAUACCCCAACAUUCCCAGCUGGUAGGCCGGUGAAGUUAAAUGAGUCGCUGUGCACUGUUUCAAAGGAAACAGAUUCCUCGUCUACAAAGGCAACGAGUGACCUGGCAGUCCGCAGAGCGCGUCACCAGCAGCUGUCUGGGGACUCAGGCGAGAAGCGCACCUCCCGGCCCGUGAAUAAGGUCAUCAAAUCCGCUUCGGCCACCGCUCUAUCGGUCAUGAUCCCUGCAGUAGAUCAACACAGCAGUUCACCUCUCGCCAGCCCUAUGUCACCACGAUCGCUGUCAUCUAAUCCUUCAUCACGGGACUCCUCACCCAGCCGGGACUUCUCACCGGCAGUGACGAGUCUCAGAUCCCCAAUCACCAUUCACCGUUCGGGAAAGAAAUAUGGCUUCACGCUUCGUGCCAUCCGUGUUUAUAUGGGAGACAGUGACGUGUACAGUGUCCAACACAUGGUCUGGCAUGUAGAAGAUGGAGGACCUUCGCACGAAGCUGGACUUUGUGCUGGUGACCUUAUAACUCAUGUGAAUGGGGAACCUGUCCAUGGACUCGUCCACACAGAAGUUGUGGAACUUAUACUGAAGAGUGGAAACAAAGUGACUGUAACAACAACACCGUUUGAGAACACAUCCAUUAAGAUUGGUCCAGCCCGGAGAUCCAGCUACAAAGCCAAAAUGGCCAGGAGGAAUAAGAAAAGCACAGGGAAGGAAGGGCAAGAGAGCAGUAAGAAGCGAAGCUCUUUGCUUCGAAAGAUAACGAAACAGUCUAACCUGCUGCACACGAGCCGCAGUCUCUCCUCCCUGAACCGCUCACUCUCAUCCAGCGACAGUUUACCCGGUUCGCCCACCCACAGUCUUUCUGCCCGCUCACCUACACAGAGCUACAGACCCACGCCAGACUCUGGCUAUUUAGGUGGAGGGGGAAACUCAUCUCAGAGUAGCUCCCCAGGUUCAAGUGUUCCAAAUUCCCCGGCCACCCCACACCACAUCCGGCCCAGCAGCCUUCACGGCUUGUCCCCGAAGCUCCAACGCCAGUACAGAUCAGCGCGGUGCAAGUCAGCGGGGAACAUCCCGCUGUCCCCUCUCGCUCACACUCCGUCGCCCACCCACCCGUCCCCACAGCACCCUUCCUUCCCACUGCCCGCCCACACGGUGGGCAGCUCCAACACCACGCAGACCUUCCACAUUAAGUUACACUCGUCGCCCCCGGUGGUGAGACCGCGGCCCAAGAGCGCAGAGCCCCCCAGGUCCCCGCUCCUCAAGAGGGUGCAGUCGGCGGAGAAGCUGUCCAUCCCGCUCUCGUCCGAGAAGAAACUCGCAAUCCGCAAGCACAGCCUCGAGGCAUCCCACUCGGAAUUCCGGAAGGAAGGCCUGCACAGUGACACCAGUCUGCAGAGCCUGAUGGAGUCGGAGGGAGAAGUCCUGGGAUCAAAGAGUGACAGCAGUGAAGUGGGGCCUUUCCGACAGAUGGCUGUCAGGAAACUGGGCAGGCAGGAGUCUCCGUUGAUUGAUAGAGACAUAUUCUCCACAAUCAGGCAAGAAAGGGGGGAAGGACUUGACCCCGUGCAGGAACUAGAGGUUAAAAUCAAUGAUCAUGAGGAGAUUCCAGUUGGAGGGGUCAACGUAAAUCAUGAUGGCGUAACAAGAACAUGUUCCACAUUUAGCUCUCACAGCAGCUCCAGUGGGAUUAAAGACGUGACCAAACAUUUGGCUGAAGACCAGGGGAUUAGUGGUUCUUCUUCAUCUUCAGUGAAGGAAUCAAAUGGAAAGACUAUUGCUUCAAAAGCGCAGAAUUCUGAUCCAUCUUCCAACACAGCAGCAGCCAAAAAAUCUGAUCAAAGCUUAGAUAAGGACACACCAUUUAGUACCACGAGAGGAAAGAAUGGUACAUCUCCAUCCUCUGCUUCAACAUCACGCAUGGACAAGAGUUCUGAAUUAUCACUGAUCCCCAGACCUGAUACUUUGCCAACGCCUUCCGAAUCGAAAAUGUCUCCAGCACCAGUAGUGACCAGCCUUAAUGUCAAUGUUACACAGCCAAUCCAAAUAAACUGCGUCUUGGAACCUUCAGAGAAAAAUCAGCCCAAGGAACCCAAGAAGACGCGGUCCAUUGAUCCUGCGAAAAGGAGACACCAAGGAGUGCAAACUGAACCAUUAGGACCUGGCUCCCAGAACCAGGAUGGUGCCUGCAAACUAAUGCCAGACCACGGCACCGUGACAUUGCCAAAUCAGAGGGCAGAGCCAAAAGAUGUAUCUCCAGCAGCUGGUUCCCAGCCAGCCUCUGAGGAAAAGGGCAAAGCACUGGAAAUUCCUGCCAAGCUGGAGGCCACAAAGCCUGCGGGAAGCAGUGAUGGAAAAGAUGCCCACAAGAAGAGCAUGGCUUGUGAGACCAAAGAUAACGUUGAAGAACCAUGCAAGAUUGAGGAGAAAAAGGUCUACAGUCAUGAGAUUUUGCCUCAGGAAAGCCUCCUGCAACCAGCCAAAAGACCCGACGCCGGAGAUAGAAGUGCCCCAGUUAACUGUUACAAAGGAGCAUGUGAGGCACCUUUAGUGAGUAAAGGGGCCCCGGAGACUAAAAUAAAGAAGCCACCCGCCCCUACACCAUGCGAGGCUGGGCCAGGUUCCCCAGCGGUGGUGUCGUCAUGCUCAGACAAACCGGGUUUUGUCAACCAUUUGGCCUCUGUGGCAAAGAGUGUACUUGGGCCUGUGAAAAUGGCCAUCCCUGUGGUGCCAGCUGCUGCAGCAGAAAGACGGAAGGCAGGGGACAACGCAAAGACACUUGCUGACCAACAAGGCAUCUCCACAGCCCUGUUAGGACCAGUCACUAAGCCAGUAUCCAUGGCAACCUCACAAGACAUAGGCAGUGUGGCUGUUCAUGAAAAGAAAGAGAUAAGCCGUCAGACACUUUAGCAGGGGCUCGGAGUUGGAAGACCUGCAAAUGAAACGGCAAGCGAAGCGAAU